AUCAGCUCUGUCCAGUCACAGCUGAUCACUGAUCAUCAGGGCACUGAUGAUCAGUGUGCCCUGAUGAUCAGUGUGGCCCCAGAAGUGCCACCUGUCAGUGUCCAUCAGUGCCAGCAAUCAGUGCCACGUUCCAGUGCCCAUCAGUGCCACAUCAAUGCCAUAUAUCAGUGCAUAUCAAUGCCACAUAUCAGUGCCCAUAUGAGCUGCCUUUCAAUGUCACCCAUCAGUGCCAGUCAGUGCCACCUAUCAAUGCCAAUCAGUGCCACCUAUCAG